AUUCUCACUUCGAGUGGCGAAAAAGAAAACGGAAGACUGCUUUGGUAGUGAGUGCUAGUAACUGGAUAGCCACUAGCCUAUUCUUUUGACUCGCUGUUUUUCUCCUCCUUGCUUUGGCGACAGCUUACGCUAUAAUGGAGGCGGAAAGAUCCGGCGGGAUGGGCGGUGGAACGAGUCAGAACAUCACGGGCAGUGGAGCUACGCGAAAUCCGAACGGGCCCAAGACUGUAAUUGGUCCCGCUACUCCAGCAGCGGCCGCCGUCGGGACGAUUCCUGGAUCCUCCCAGCCACGGGAACAGCAAGACGGAGAAGCGGGCCUCUCGCUACCGGGGAUCUUACAUUUCAUACAAUAUGAAUGGGGUCGCUUCCAGGCGGAAAAAUAUCGAUGGGAAGCCGAGAGAGAUGAACUUAGGGCUCAGGUGGCGUUCCUGCAGGGAGAGAGGAAAGGACAGGAGAACAUGAAGCAAGAUCUGGUGAGGCGGAUUAAAAUGUUGGAGUAUGCACUUAAACAAGAGAGAGCCAAAUAUCAGAAACUGAAGACAGGCACUGAUCAGAGCCCAGGAGAGAAGAAACCAGAGGCUGAGAAUGAACCAAUUCCAAAUGGGCCAGCAGAAGUGGACAGUGAGCCACCCAGUCAAAUGUCCUGGAAGGAGGGACGUCAGCUGUUGCGCAAGUACCUUGAAGAGGUGGGUUACUCUGACACCAUCUUAGACAUGCGUUCUAAGCGGGUGAGGUCCUUGCUUGGUCGCAGCAGCGCUGAAGUGAACGGGCCAUUGCCGAAUGAGCCUCGCCCUGAACCCGAGCCCCAUACUGGAGGAGAGUCGCUGCUUGUACGCCAGAUAGAGGAGCAGAUCAAGAGGAACGCUGGGAAAGAGGGUUCUAAAGAGAGGAUGGGCGGCUCAGUGCUGGAUAAGAUUCCCUUCCUGCACAGCUGUGAGGAUGACGAAGAUGACAGUGAUGAAGACGAUGACUUCCAGGGCAUUGCCACAGAUUGCAUUGACGGACCACGCAAAACCAAGAAGUCCCGUGGCAAGAUGGGUGGUGAGCCCAUGACUACAGAUCUAGACCCUGAAGAUGAUGAUGAAGAUGACUCAGAAGAUGCCCUCAGUGAGUUUGAUUUUCUGGGCUCAGGAGAGGAGGCUGAGGGAGCGGGAGAAGAGCGCGUCUCAGGAGAUGGCCGAGAAUUAGAGAACCGCAGGAACAAGUUGCAAGGCAUGAUGUCUGAUUUCUCCCCCAAACCGGCUACGUCCCCCUCUAUCCCUGGCCAGUGUCGCUCUGGUGAAGGGGGCACUCUGGGAUUCUCCUCUGAUGUCUUCAUACUGGAUGCAGUCGGAGGAGGGGACAUAAACCUUGGCGAGCUGGCCGACCUCACUGUUGCUAAUGACAAUGACCUUACUAUUGACCUGCAGGACAGUCGAGAGGAGUUCAAGAAGACAUGGAAUCCACGUUUUACCCUGCGUAGCCACUUUGACGCUAUCCGAGCGUUGACCUUUCAUCCCACUCAGGCUGUGCUAUUGACAGCAUCCGAGGACGGCACGCUAAAGCUUUGGAACCUGAACAAGGCCAUGCACUCAAAAAAGAAUGCAGCGCUGGACGUUGAGCCUAUUUACACGUUCCGAGCCCACAGUGGUGCAGUCCUCUCUCUAGCCAUGGGUGAAGAAGGGGAGACCUGCUUCAGUGGUGGUCUGGAUGGUAGCGUGCGUGGUUGGAAAAUUCCAGAGCUUAACGUGGAUCCUUAUGACAAUUAUGACCCAGGUGUUGAGAGCAGUGUGUUGUUGGGACAUGAGGACUCAGUUUGGGAUCUGACCUAUUCCUCCACCCUGAAACGACUGGCCUCCUGCUCAGCUGACGGAACAGUGCGCAUCUGGGAUCCACAGAGCUCCACGCCCUGCAUAUCUGUCUUCAACAAAGAGAAAGAACACGGCACUCCCACCUCCAUUGCCUUUGGGAACGCUGACCUGUCCCAGGCAGUUGUGUCUUUCGACGGAGGCGAGACGGUCCUCUAUGACCUCAACACGGAGCAAAGCAUCAUUGUCCUGGAGACACAGACCAGGGAUGGUAGUGAUCUGAUUAACCGUGUGGUCAGCCAUCCUUCCCAGCCCAUCUCUAUUACUGCUCAUGAGAACCGCACUAUCCGUUUCAUGGACAACAAGACAGGGAAAGUGAUUCACUCUAUGGUAGCUCACUUGGAUGCAGUAACCUGCCUCACAACAGACCCUAAAGGCACUUACCUCAUCUCUGGCAGUCAUGACUGCUCUGUUCGCUUGUGGAUGCUGGAUAAUCGGACGUGCGUGCAGGAGAUCACAGCUCACAGGAAGAAGCACGACGAGGCCAUACACGAUGUUGCUUUCCACCCGGCUCAGCCCUUCAUCGCCAGCGCUGGAGCGGACGCCCUCGCCAAGAUCUUCGUCUGAAUGCCUCAUCUCAUCUUCAUUGGGGACACACCUCCACUGCUGGACCAGAACUGAGAAACUCGAAGCCAUUUUUCCUAAUCCCACACAUUACACAUACAUGGAGGAAACAGCAUAUCACUGCCUGUGUAAGAGGCAUCGGACUUCAUUGCACAUAGUACCUUCCUUCCCUUUGUACUGUUUUUGAAUACUAAUGGUUUUACUACUUGUUUUGAUUUAAUUUGUCACAGCCACUAUAAUAUUUUUCUUUGUCAAGUUCUUUAGCAUGUAGGGAGGGAGAUUCAUUGUUGAUGGGUGGACACAUUGCCCCAUGCUAAUGUAAUCAUUUCCAUUCUGAUGCCAUAUUUGGGACAGGUAUUUACUGCUUUUGACCAAUAGGAUACCUCUUAAGCUGCACAGUGUAACACAGUUUCAUAAGUCAUUAUUUCUAAGAUAAUAUGCCCACAUACAUGUUUGCCUAGUAAUAUGGGCAAAUUAUGCAUUUCAUUCCAAAGAUAGGUAUAGAAUUUUUCUCCCAUACGUACAGUGUAAGUCACAGCUGUAAUUCUGCUUCAACUACACACACAAAGCAUUAGAAUUUCAUUGUUCUCCAUCUCCUUUUCAUUCGUUACACCCUAUAGAUCAUGUGUUUUGCUGCAUAUGCGUCCAUGCAUGUAUGUGUGCUUGAAGCACCUGUGUGUGGAUGGCAGGGGUGGGGGAGUAGUAAUAUCAUUACCAUUCAUAUCCACACUGGUGGUCACAUGAUCUGUAGUGUUCAGUUGGUGAAUGACUCAAUGUUUUAUAUCAGUAAGUAAAAGACAUUUGCAGAGCAAACGCCUGUUAACCAGGUGUAAGAAAUAAAUUAUGUACAUAAGACACUAUCAAAGUAUGUGCUGUAAAUAACCUGCUGUGUCCAAAAUCUUUGCUAACCACAAAAAUCUUGGUGCUAACCACUUCUGAAUCAGGGAACUAUUAUAUGUGGAGGAGAACGAUUCUUAGUAUAAAUCUGCCUUUGCUUAGUUUCCUGCCACAGCUGGGUUUCAGACCAUCAACUGGUGCAAUGUUGUGGUGCGUUUUUUAAUAUAUAAAUGUUUUUUAGUAUACUUGAGGAUACCUCAAGUGUACUACUUGAAGACGUGAGGGAACCAAAUUAUAACAGAGCUGCCAUAGGCACACUGGACGAUAUUGAUAUUGGAACAGGGUAAAAAAGAAGUGAAAAUCAUUCACUUUAUUUAAAAAUCCAUUCUUAGAGGCAGAGACAUUUAACAGUCAGUGAGACUGAAGAGCACCGUUUCAAAUUUGGCUUCUAAGGCAGGGCUAAGAGCGUAAGGUUCUCUGUGUGUGAGGGGCUAGAAUGUGUUCAGGUGUUGGGCAAGUUGAUUGUCUCAUUCCCAUUAGUGCAGAGAGAGGAAAAAUGCCCAAGGGCUCCAAACGGGCCCGUGAUUAGGGCAGUGACCUGUGUCUCACUUAUAGCUCCAAACAGGCUCGUAAGAAGGUUAGUAACCUGUCUUGCUUGCUCCCUGUUCUCCCAGUGACAAGAGAGAAACACUCGAAGAGAUAUAAAUGUGGGGAAGCAGGUAAAGGGUGAGCAGCUCAAAAUAGCAGGUUUUUGCUGACUUCCAUAUUGCUGGGCGUAUGUUUUUACUUUGAGUGGUUCCUUUUCAAUAGUAGAAGAGGAAUAGCUAUACAAACAAUGGAAAGUGCAAUUUCCAUAAGCAACAGUCACAGCCACGGAGAGGCUCGGUGUCCGCGAGAAACUCUGCCUCCUCAAUUUCUUUCUCUCCAUCCUGAAACAAGUGGUCCUUGCCAACAGACUGCGCAGGAUUAGAACUUCUGACAUUUCAUGACUUUUGGAGAAAAUGUUAUGCUUAUGAUUUUGUAUAUGAUAAACACUGCUUGGUGUGGGUACAAUGGUAAUAAUGUCUAUAGUGACUGUAGUGCAUAUUGAUGGUGGGGGUUAUGUUGUCCAGUCGACAAAUAUUAAACACACAACUACAGCCUGAUGAAGGUAAUGUUUUACUGCACACUAACAGAUUGCCUUCAUAAUAUACUACAUGUGUAAAUGAACACAGAUCACACAGUUUUCAUAAGGUUCUUUCACUGUCCCGUUCUCUCCCAUAGACUGCAGAUUGCAUGGGUAUGUAUACAGUUCUUUAGCUCCUAUUUCUGUACCUGGAAACCCAGACCAGCCUUUCAAUUGCUACAAAAGUAAUCACAUUCCUUACCAAGUGAUAAAGCAAAGAUUACAAAAGGUAGUUGCCAUUUCAUAAAUGUGCCAUUUCACCCUUUUUGCAUUUUAUUAGAGUUAUAAUUAUUACGACUGAAAAUAUUACAGUGUAAGAUGACAAUAGUAUCAAGUGAUUUUUUUUUUUUUUAGCCUUAGAAUGUAUUUGUGAUCGAGAAAAGAGGUGUAAAACUGUUGCGUGAAAGUUUUUAAAAAGCUGAAUGUCAAAGGGAAAAGAGUCAGUCCAAGGCAAAAGAAAAAGGACUCUGCUUUCUGUUUUUGUUUUUCAUUUUUUAAUGGCAGUUUAUCACUGUGUGAUAUGUUGUGCAUCAUAUUAAGCUGCAUUCAAACAUUAUUCUCUAACUCCAAGGGAUAAAGACCUGCUUUUUAUUUAUUUUUUGUUAUAUAUGUUUUUGAAUUUUGCAUUAUAGCUUGUAUCAAAUUACACAAUGACACAUUUCUGUUUAUCAAUUUUAUUUACUAUGCAGGUCUUCUGUUUUGUUAUUUGGAAAGAAAACAAUUAAACGGUUUUGUAUAUACAA